GCACGGACUCCUUCUCUCCCUCCCGAGCUCCCCGUCGUUUCCCUGCUCAUCUCCCUGGUGUGUCCGUCUCUCUGUCACAUUCCCCUGGAGACAUCUCGCGCUGCCCGCAUCUCUGUUCAUCUCCCUGUCUGCAUCUCUCGCCUCUUCCUUGGAGGCAUGGACAGACCUGCGGUGCUGCUGCUGGCGGCGGUGGUCGGAGUCGCGUUCACGGUGUCGCGGUGCGACUGCACGAGGCGAUGGGGACCUCCGCCUCACCACCGCCACGGGCCGCCGCGACGGGAGACCAGGGGACCCGUGGACCCCGGUUUCCUCCCGGCGUGGCCCACCAACGAUCCUCGCUGGCUCGGUGCCGGAGGAGGCGCCCGGGUCACGGUGGAGGUCACCAACGACUGCCCGACGCUGACCGGGGCGCGGGCCACGUUCAGUGCGCGCCUCCGCGUCCCCCGGGAGCUCGAAGCGGCGUGGGGAGACGCGGAGCCCCUCGACGACGCGCACCCGGACUGCGGCUCAGGGAGGCACCCUGGACCCCACCGGGGAGGCAGAGGGCACCUCCUCAGCGGGGACCCGGGGAGGAAGGGGCCACGCUUCGUCUACGUGUGGAGCGGCCUGGGUCGCUCGUGGCAGGUGGCCGGUAACGCGACCUCGUGGCUGGUGCUGGAGACGCGGGGGGUGCCCCUGGGCUCUCACCACGUGUCCCUCGUGGUCUACCGUCGCGGGGGAUCACGACAGUUCGUGCCCGUGGCACGCGCCUCCUCGCAGUUCACCGUCACGGACCAGGUCCCCUUCUCGGUGGAGCUCAGCCAGUCCGCCGUGGCAGCCGCGGGCUCCGGGCAAGAAAAAGAGGAAGCGGUGGGGGGUGAGGACGCGCGGUCGUCGGGUCCGCUGCUGCGGCGGCAGCGCUUCGUGGCCGGGCCCAACGUGCUGUUCGAGGCGCGGCUGCACGACCCGAGCGGCUUCCUACGCGGAGCCGACGUCUCGUUCUCGUGGGACUUCGGGGACGGUUCGGGCCUCCUCAUCUCUCGCCUCGCGCACGCCCUCCACUCGUACGCGGGGCCAGGCGCGUACGCGGCGCGGCUCGCCGUGCAGGCCACCGUGCCCGCGCCCUGCGCCACCACCGCCGCCGCCGUCGGCGCCGCCACCAGCACCAUGACAGCCGCUGCCAGCGCUGCUACAGCCGCCGCGGUAACAACGACGACGGCCGCCACCAGCAACACCACGACAACGGCUACUGACGCCACGGUGGGCGGCAGCACCACGGAGAGCGCCUCCACCGCUGCCCCGGAGGAGCCCAGCGCCAUCACAUCACGCGCAGUCGCCGAACCGUACGGCACCACCGCCACCUGGGACCUCACCCCCAGCACCCCGAGCGGGACCUCUGGAGUCCUCGACAGAGCCGCCGCCGCUUCCCGGGAAAGUCCGGAGCUGAGCCUCCUCCUCCUCCUGAGCCAGGAGUUAUCCGGGCAGGAUCGCCCCACCGACUGUCCCCUCUAUCGCUACGGCACCUACAGCACCACGGUGGAGGUCGUGGAUGGAAUCGCCACGGCGCAGGUGCGGAGGGCCGUGUCGGUGACGCAAGGAGGAGCACUCUUCUCCGCACCGCACGCUCUGCUCGACUUCGAGGUGGAAAGCCACGGCGGCAGCUCCCCCACGCAGGUGUGCAGCGAGCUUCUCUCCGAGGACUGCGCCGACUCGCUGGAGGGGGAGGCGGCGUGCGAGCCCGUGGCCCCGGGCACCUGCGCGGCCGAGGCCCGGGUUUGCUCCCUGGUCCUGCGCCGGGAGUUCCACUCCGCGGGGAGCUACUGCCUUCGUGUGACCGUGGCGGACGCACUCAGCAGAGCCUCCGCCACCACUCGCCUGAGCCUCCAGAGCAUCUCCGAGCCGGCCUCACUGGAAGCCGCUGUCAUCAUUGGAGCCUUGGCGGUGGCGCUGGUGAUUGGAAUUGCAGUUCUCAUGCACAGGCGAGGAGCGCUCACGGUCGACGCCGCCACCGCGUGGAGCCGCCCGAGAGAGGAGGAGGAGGAGGCGGGGGCGGUGCGGGGAGGCGGCGGUGUCGUCUCGGGGUCGCGGUGGCUGCGGCGCUGGUGGCCCAGAGGCCUCGGCGUCAGCGUGCGCGACCUGCUGGCCACACGGAGCGACACCAAGCACGCCCUGCUCGUCAACGCCUGACGGGGGCCGUCACCCCCCCCCUCCCCGCCAGGGGACACGGCGCUGUCUGCUGCCUGCUGCUGCUCUCUGCUGCUGCUGUUGUCUGCUGCUGCUGGCUGCUGCUGCUGUCUGCUGCUGCUGCUAUUGUCUGCUACUACUGCUGGCUGCCACUGUUGUUGUCUGCUGCUGCUGGCUGCUGCUGCUGGCUGCUGCUGCUGUUGUCUGCUGCUGCUGCUCUCUGCUGCUGUUGUCUGCUGCUGCCACUGCUGUUGUCUGCUGCUGCCACUGCUGUUGUCUGCUACUGCUGCUGUCUGCUGCUGCUGCCCACGGUCACACUCAACCAUGAUGGCCCCAGCCCCAGUGCUGGCGAUCGAAGCAGCGCUUCAUAGAUGUUGUGAGAUAAACAUUCCGUGUAGUUCCUCCCCCCACCUCCCACCACCACCACCGAUUGACUUCUCAUGAUUCGGGGUCGUAAUUAUAUUCGUGAUGAUGAUGAUAUUGUCUUGUUGUGUGUAGGCUCGUGUCUGUCUCGUUUGUACCGUUUCGUUUGUAUUGUCCGUCCUGUUUCUAAUCGUUACUGUCUCGUUUGUAUUGUCCAUCUCAUUCUGCCACGUUCGCCCCAUUAGCCCAUUAUCCCCAUUAGUCUAACUUGCUUGUAAUUUGCAUACACGCUCCAUCAAUAUAAAAUAGCACCAUCUCACACG